AUGGAGACCCCUCUUGAGAAGGCCCUGACCACUAUGGUCACCACUUUCCACAAAUAUUCAGGGAGAGAGGGCAGUAAGCUAACCCUAAGUAGGAGGGAACUAAAGGAGCUGAUCAAGAAGGAGCUGUGUCUUGGUGAGAAGAUGCAGGAGAGCAGCAUCGAUGACCUGAUGAAGAGCCUGGACAAAAACAGCGACCAGGAGAUCGACUUCAAGGAGUACGCGGUGUUCCUGACCACGCUGUGCAUGGCCUACAACGACUUCUUCCUGGAGGACCGCAAAUAG